AUGUCCGUCUCAAAGCUUCGAAUCGGAUGCGCUGGUCUCGGCCGCAUGGGCAAGCGUCAUGCUCUGAACUUCCUUGAACGCACUCCCCGCGCAGAGCUGGUUGCUGCCAGUACCCCUGAUGAUACUGAGAUCGAAUGGGCCAAGGAGCACCUCGCUCCGUACGGCGUCAAAUUGUACAAGAACUACGAUGACAUGCUAAAGCACGAGGGAUUAGAAGCCGUGGUUGUUGCUUCUGCAACAGCCGUCCACGCUGAACAGGCCAUCAAGGCCAUUGACGCCGAGAAGCAUGUUCUUUGCGAGAAGCCUCUUUCGACGAAUGUUGAGAUUUCACAACAAGUCCUCGACGCAGCCGCCAAGAAGUCCCAUCUUAAAGUAAUGUGCGGUUUCUCCCGCCGCUUUGACGCCUCCUACCGCGACGCCCACCGCAAAAUGUCCACCGGUACCCUAGGCUCCCCCUCCGUCCUGCGCAGCCAAACAUGCGAUAAGCUGGACCCGUCAGGCUUCUUCGUCGCCUACGCCCAGUUCUCGGGCGGCAUCUUCGUCGACUGCUCAAUUCAUGACAUCGACCUGGCACUCUGGUUCUUUGGACAAGAUAGCAAGGUCAAGUCCGUGUCGGCGGUGGGAAUCACAGCGGUCGAGCCAGACCUGCGCAAGCACAACGACCGCGAUAAUGCUGUCGGCCUGGUGGAGUUCUAUAAUGGCAAGAUGGCGUAUUUCUACGCUUCACGGAUGAUGGCUGCGGGGCAAGAGGAUACAACUGAGAUCAUCGGGACGAAGGGCAAGGUUACUGUCAAUGCGCAGCCGCAGAUCAACCUGGUCAACACUUAUGAUAACGGGGGCGUGCACCGCGAGAUUCCGCAGCAUUACUAUGACCGAUUCGAGUAUGCUUUUGUUACUGAGGCGAAUGAGUUCACGGCAUCGUGUUUGGAGAAUAAGCCUGUGCCGUUGAAAUUGGAGGGUGCUGUGCAGGCUGUUCGCAUUGGAGCCGCCCUGCAGGAAUCGUUGAUUACGGGGCAGAAGAUUUUCUUUGAUGAGGAUGGGAGUCGGGCGGAUAAGUCGAGGUUGUAA